ACACCUGACCUAGGACUGCAAGCCCUACUCGCAACAGGGGAUUCUUUCCGUCCAUGGCCAUGAGGGUCGACUCGGCCAUCCUCGCCGUCGUCGUCGCCUUCCUCAUCCCCCUCCGCCUGCUCUCCUUCGUUGUCCGCCUGAACACCUCCGGUAGCGCCGGCGACCUCCGCCGAUCCUGCACCGCCUUCGCCAUCGCGGCCGCGCUCCUCGCCGUCAUCUUCGGCCUUCCCCGAGACCACGUCGGUCAGACGGGGCACUGCGUCGCGUCCGUGACCAACACUGGAGAGGAUGGUAUGGGCCUAGAGGUUCGGCUGGAGAUCGAGCAGCUGAAGCUCCAGCUCAACCGAUUGGAAUCACUCUGGGAGACCAAUUCGAAAGCAUCGGAUGGCAAAGGUCAUGGUUCAGAUGAAGGUGACGAGGUUGUGAAAGCGAUGGAACUGGACAUUCAGGCUCUGAUCAAGGAGCAAGAAAACAUCAAGGCUAUGCUAGUGAAAAUGCAUACAGAAUGGGAAAACAAUUCAAAAGCAUCGGGUGACAAAGGUCAUGUUUCAGAGGAAGAUGUCGGGGUUGUGAAAGCGAUAGGACUAGACAUUCAGGCUCUGAUCAAGGAACAAGAAAACAUCAAGGCCAUGCUAGUGAAAAUGCAUACAGAGUGGGAAAACAAUUCAAAAGCAUCGGGUGACAAAGGUCAUCUUUCAGAGGAAGAUGCCGGGGUUGUGAAAGCGAUGGGACUAGACAUUCAGGCUCUGAUCAAGGAACAAGAAAACAUCAAGGAAUUAUUACGGAAUUCUGAAAGUACUAUCAAGUCAGUCACAAAUGAGGUUCUAAUUCUGGCGGCGGAAUCAAGAAAGAUGAACUCUGAUAUUUACAAUAUAUGGUCAUUGGCCAACGAUACAGAGAAAACUGUUGAAGCUCUACAUUCAGAUGUCAAAAAGGUUCAAGUUCUGACAGAUGAAUCAAGAAAGUUGGGCUCUAGUAUUCGCCAGGUAUGGUCAUUGGCAAAGGAUACUGGAAAGAAGGUCGAAGCUCUAUAUGCAGAUAUUGAAAAGGUUCAAAUUGUAAGUGAUAUGUCAAGAAAGAUGGAGUCUAAUAUGCAUAAAAUGUGGUCUUAUGCAAAGAAGACAGAGAAGAGGGUUGAAGACCUAUAUUCAGAUGUCAAGAAGGGCUUCAAGAAGAAUGGGCCGAAAAUUCCUUUCUGGACGAACUGACAAUGUCAUCGCCUCAUCGACUUUAUGGACUACCAUCGGUCUGGGCAUGGAGUAAUAUAGACGAGCAAAGGGGCGUUGUUUCAGCGAAUAUGUAAUGAAUCCCUUAGAUGUUGUAGGAGACAGCUUAUCUUCUUGAUUCACAUGGGAUGCAGCGAGAUGUAGUCUCAAGUACGAUGUAUAUGCCUUGCACUACACUUGAGGUCGUUCGUUUGUUCCCGAGGUGUGAAUCAGUAUACUUAAGGGUUGUCAAA